CAGCGCGGCGUGCUGCUUCAGACCUAGAACACUCCUCCUGAGGGAAGCAGCAGGGCUCAAGAGCCAGAGUUGUGAGCCACGCAGCCUACAGAAGCUACACUUCAGCUUUCACAGGAACGCCUAGGAACAGCCUGACCCGGACGAGAUCAACGCGAUCAGACACCCCAGCCGCCAAGAAGAAUACGACUCUACAGAGACGGACGAAGACUUUUUUGUGAGCUCAAAAGAGAGAAUUUCUUAAACUUUUUUUGAAACAGUCUAAUAGAAGAAGAAAAAGAGGCAACAUGUUUUCAGGAAGGAGCACAAGACUUAUUUUUGUCCUUUGCAUCGCGUUGUUCAGCUGGGCUGUAGCCCAGGAGUGUAGCGGGGAGUGCCAGUGUCCUGACCUGCACCCCCAGUGCCCACCAGGCGUGAGUCUGGUCUUGGACACCUGUGGCUGCUGCCGGGUGUGUGCGAAGCAGCUGGGAGAGCUCUGCACAGAGAGAGAUGCGUGUGACCCCCACAAAGGCCUCUUCUGUGACUAUGGUUCCCCGAGCAACCGUCGUAUCGGAGUCUGCACUGCCAGGGACGGUGCCCCCUGUGUUUUCGGAGGCAUGGUGUACCGCAGUGGCGAGUCAUUCCAGAGCAGCUGCAAGUACCAGUGCACUUGCCUGGAUGGAGCCGUGGGCUGCGUGCCCCUCUGCGGCAUGGACGUGAGGCUUCCCAGCCCGGACUGCCCCGCCCCCCGCCGGGUCAAGGUGCCUGGGAAGUGCUGUGAAGAGUGGGUCUGCGACUCACCACACACCAACACAUUUGUGGGCUCCGCCCUCGCAGCUUUUAGAGAAGAGGAGACAUAUGGCCCAGACCCUUCCAUGAUGCGUGAAAACUGCCUGGUGCAGACCACCGAGUGGAGUGCCUGCUCAAAGACCUGCGGCCUUGGAAUCUCCACCCGCGUCACCAAUGACAACCGUGAAUGCCGUCUAGAGAAGCAGUCACGCCUCUGUAUGGUGCGUCCCUGUGAGUCCCACUUGGAAGAGAAAAUCAGGAAAGGGAAGAAAUGCAUCCGCACUCCUCGAGUAUCCAAGCCAAUGAAGUUCGAGAUUUCAGGCUGCACCACCACCAAAGCGUACCGGCCAAAGUUCUGCGGCGUGUGCACGGAUGGCCGCUGCUGCACGCCCCACAGGACCACCACACUGCCCAUGGAGUUCAAGUGCCCUGACGGGCAGGUCAUGAAGAAGCAGAUGAUGUUCAUCAAGACGUGCGCAUGCCACUACAACUGUCCCGGUGAGAACGACAUUUUCGAGUCCAUGUACUACAAGAAGAUGCUCGGCGACAUGGCGUGAGUGCAGAGGGAGGUGGCCUCGGCGAGGCGACAAGAGGACUUCUGUCCAGUGACUGUCCACUUGAAUCAAACAGAUAUCCAUCUCAUAUCCCAGCACAAUACUCGUCUUCUUAUGAUUUAUUAUUUUUCAUUUUACGUGUUGUUGUUUUUUUUCUGUGUAUGUGUGUAUUUGUGUGUUGUGUGUUUGUGUCUGCGUGUUUCUUGUACUUGGACACAAAACUGUAUUAAUGUACCCAGCGUGUAAUGGUGGAUGUCAGGGGCUCAUUUGUCUCAAAGCAAGUGGAAGAAAACUUGGGGGGAGGGGGGUUAAAAUGAGAGGGUGUCACUCUGACGACCCUAAAACAGUACUGCACUAUAGCUGGACACGGUGAUGCCCCUUUGUCACUGAUUGACCCCACGAAGCUCAGCCCUUCCCUUAAACUGUGGUGGGCAGAUCCAGACUCAGAGAGCAAGACUAAUGAAAGGUGUGGGAGGGGGGGGGGGUUUCACGUCUGAAUGGAAGAUAAAAACGCCUCACCCAAGUGAGAGAGAUAGAGAGAGAGAUAAUGCAUUCUUGUGUAUACUUAACAGUGCGUCUCAAUGCGAGGCGGCUGGCCAGAGUUUCAGAGACGUUAAGACCGGCCGAAGGCCAGAGGGCUCCUGCAGCAUUGAGAGUGUCAGAUUUGGACUAACUGACUCCUCAUGAGAGAGUCAGUACGUUUGUCAAAAAGACUGGACGAUUUGCAGCUUCAUUCCUUUUUUUUUAAAAAAAAUAAUAAAUUUUUUUUGGAGUUUGAACGCUGUAAAUAAUGUACAUAUUUUGUACAGUUUAAGUUAAUUUAAAUUUAAAACAUUUGACAUUGUUUUUCUUGCUACAGUAUUUGUAAUGAUAGCUUGUUUUGCUGACUUGACUGUUCUUGUUACAGUUCGUGUACUAUUUUAUUGAGAAAUUUGACCAAAAAAGUUACAUGUUUUCAACUUUUGUAGUUUGGAAUAAAAAUAUAUUUUUUAUAUAAA